UUCAAAACUCGUUAUCUCACAGCGAACGAGUCCUUCAAUAAAUGAAAUAAAACCAGUCUGUAUUCCGGCCGGCGACUCGUGCGCACGACUAUAACACACGCGCGCAAAAAGUGCAAAAAACAACUUACAAUGAUCCCAUUGCGACGUAUCAUUGGCAGUAAGAUCUUGGAGCAAUGGAGGGCGCCGAUUGCUGCAAAGGUGCAAAGGAAUUACAGCUCAGAAGCGAACACUCCAACGCCACUGAGCAUAUUGACUGAAGAUGAACUGGCUAUGAAGGAAACAAUCAGAAAGCUGGCCACAGACCAAAUAGCUCCACUAGUCAAGAAGAUGGAAGAUGAACACCGCAUCGACGAUGGGGUUAGACAGCUGCUGUUUGACAAUGGCCUUAUGGGUAUAGAAACCCCUGCUGAAUACAGCGGCUCAGGAUGCGGAUUCCUCACAAUGAUGCUGGUGGUGGAAGAGCUGUCCAGAGUGGACCCCGCCGUCGCGGCCUACGUGGAUAUCCACAACACCCUGGUCAACUCGCUCUUCAUGAAGCUAGGAACCGAAGAGCAAAAGAAGAAAUAUCUUACUAAGCUCUGCACUGAAUAUGCCGGCAGUUUCUGCUUAACAGAGCCCAGUUCAGGGUCAGACGCGUUCGCCCUGAAGACGGUGGCGAAAAAGGAUGGGGACCAUUACAUCAUCAACGGCUCAAAGAUGUGGAUCUCCAAUUCCGAUGUCGCUGGAGUGUUCUUGGUCAUGGCUAAUGCUGAUCCUGCUAAGGGCUACAAAGGAAUCACCUGCUUUAUAGUAGAACGCGACACCCCUGGCCUGAGCGUUGCCAAGCCUGAGAACAAACUGGGUAUCAAGGCCUCUGGUACCUGCAUGGUGCACUUCGACAACGUAAGGGUACCUGAAGGCAAUAUCCUUGGAGAAUACGGGAAGGGCUACAAAUACGCAGCGGGUUUCCUGAACGAAGGGCGUAUCGGCAUCGCGGCACAGAUGGUCGGUCUUUGCCAGGGAUGUAUGGACGCUACCAUCCCAUACACGUUGGAGAGGAAGCAGUUCGGACAACCCAUCUACAAGUUCCAGGGUAUCAACUACCAAGUGGCUCACUUGCAGACCGAGCUGGAAGCGGCGCGCCUGCUAAUGUACAACGCUGCCAGGCUGAAGGAGCACGGACAUGACUUCGUCAAGGAAGCUGCCAUGGCCAAAUACUUUGCUUCAGAAAUCGCUCAGCACCUCACGUCGAAGUGCAUCGACUUUAUGGGCGGCGUCGGCUUUACUCGCGACUUCCCUCAGGAGAAGUUCUUCCGAGACGCCAAGAUUGGCACCAUCUACGAAGGCACCAGCAACAUGCAGCUCCAAACCAUCGCUAAACUUAUUGAAAAGGAAUACACGCAGUAAAUUGACCAUUACAUAAUUUAGAAUUAGAACCCUGUCGCAUUAACUAAUUUAACAUUUAAUAAGACUUUGUAUCGAAUUGGCAAAUAAGUCAGUGUGAUAUGGUUCUAGUUUUGGUGAAAUUGUGUAUAAAAUAUGUGAAAGAACCCUUGUGGUAUCUACAAUACACAUGCAGCGUCUGUGGAUCUGUCGCAUCCAUGGUGAUAGGUAGUAGUUAUGUAACUUAACUCCAGUGAGGUUCUGUGCCAAGGGGGUAGGCACAAGAAAAAAAUCAAAACGUACACAUAACUAAGUUUGAAGGCAACUACAAUUGUAUCUCCACUUAUUUUAUGCCACUAGACCUUCUAUUAUAACCAUUUAUUCCAGUUGGAUAAGGUCCAAAAUUGUUAUAAUGAAGUGAAUUCUAGACCCCCUUUUAACUGUGGUUAUGAUACUGAUUUUUUUUAUAUAAAACAUUUUAUUAUUUACCUUUAUUAAUAUUUACAUGCAUACAGUAUUGAAGUGAGAUUGAAUAUUUUGCAAGUAUAUCAUAUAGCAAGUUCUGUGAAUUUGAAGUCCAAAGUUGGUGUGAAUACUUUUUCUAUGUAUCUUCAUUAUAUAUGACAUGUACAUAAUAAUU